AUGAUUCCAUUCCGUCUGUGCACCAACGAUCGCGUGUGUGGGCGCGGCCAGUUCUGCGACCAGCACUACGGCGUGUGUCGGGACCACGUGACGGAGGGACACGAGUGUCGUCGGGACGCCAUGUGUGAGGGCGGAUACGCCUGCAUGUUCGGCCUGUGCCAAAAGCGCAUCAAGCGUGGGCGUGAGGGCGCCAGGUGCCGCAAGGAGCGGGAUUGUGGAGCAGGGAUGUGCUGCGCCCGUCGCCAUGGAGAGCAGGUGUGUCAGCGGCGUGUGCCGUUGGGCCACAAGUGCUACGUCCCUGAGGGCGGCCUCGACUACUCCAUGAACCAGCUUUGUCCGUGCGAGAGCGGCCUUGUGUGCAAAUACACGGCUCAACAGCCUCCUUCCAGGCACCAGCUCAUGGCCCUCAUGUCGGCGCACGAGGACAUGCGCUGCGCAGCGCCCUCGCACCGCGUCGACUGACAUGAAAGCAGUUGAUAAUGUUUUCA